UGAUUGCGUGAGUGAAUAAGAGUGUACCUUACAGUAUAAAUAAAAUUAAUUCUCCUUAAUUUUGUUUUUGAGACAUGAAUAAAUCUUUAUACAUAGAUUUUAGUCUGAAAGUCACACUUUAUUAGUCACUAAGGAAGUGGUUUAGUUGGGUUAUCAAGGGCAAUCCGCCAGCUAUAGUUUAGGGAUUCUAUUAGCCUGCCUUUAAUCAGAUUAGUUGUGGCACAGAGGUCACUCACCUGUCAUGCUUAAGUGCUUGUUAUGAAUUAUGGGCUAUAAGCAUAUGGGCUGACAUGAUGUAUAGGCUGAAUGAACACAUUGAUGGCAGAUGCACGGGCUGACACAAAUGACAAAAAUAAAGCUGAUGCAUCAGUUUAUAUUAGUCAUUAGAGGCUUUAAAUCUAAAAAAAAAUUGCUAAAAGACAUCUUUCAUCUAAAAGCCAUUUUAACGAUGCUUUUGCUAUGCAACAAAUUGUGCAUGUAAAAGUGAGUUUAUGAGACAUUUCAGUGUUAGAGAUUGUAAUAACUCAUAUGUAACUUGUACAUUUUUGAUUAUGAUAUAUAUUACAUAGCAUUUUAUAUGUAUUUCUGGGUGGCCUAUACCAUGCAAUUAUACGUUUCUAUUUAUUUCACCAUCCAUAGAUCUGAUCAAGGGGUCUGUUUGUGGCGUUGUGGAGGUAGUGCUGUUUUCUCAGGUUUCAGCAUAGCUGCACCUCUCAGCAGCAGAUAAUGAGCUUAGCCACUCUUGCUUGCGUACAUCAGUGCACAGGGGUCAGUUUCUGGAUUAACACAUCGCUUACAACUUAACCAGCAAUCUCUCUAUAUGUUAUCUGUGUUUUUGGAGCACUGUAUAUCUUUUUUGUAAAUUUUUGGACUUGAAACAUUUGGAUCAGCCUUUAGAUGAACUACAAGUUGUCAGUUGGCCACUACAAGUGGGCCCCUAAACAAAUGAGCAAGAGAAGGUGAAUCUGGACAAGUGAAUCUAAAGUGGGUGAGAAUCCCACUGUUUCAGAUACCAGGACAGGGGCUUGCCUCAGCCACCCAAAAGAAACAACCUUAUGCUACUUGCUAAUAACAAGGUCUCUGAUGAUGGGAGCUCAGCACAGUCCCUUAAUAAGGGGCAAGUCAUGGUGGACUCCCUCACAAAGGUGGUGGCGUGUUAUCGGCACCUGGCUUCUUGUGUUGGAGGAUGCACAGACAGUAAGAGUCUGCGCCGUGAGCUGCAGCAAACACGUGAGCGUGUUCAGACACUCACACUGUCCUGUCGUGACCACCUAACAACCCAACUGAGAGACAAGACCCUGUCUGAUGAGGAAAGGAAGGUGACAGAGCUGCAGUGGGUGGCCUUCUCCUCAUGCUUAGAGCUUUUUUAUGCAGACAUGUGCAAAGUUUAUCACAUGGGCAACUGUUUUUCAUUGGCCAUCGACAAUGCCACGGUGAAGACAGGCAUACAGGGAGGUACGAAAGAAGUAGCAGCUCGUGCUCUGAGCGUGCCUGAUCUGCAGGAGGAGCAUGGAGAGCAGACAGCUAGUAUGGAGGGUCUUGAGCAAAGCCAGCUGGAGCAAGAGAUUGCGCAUGUAGACCACAUGCUUGAAGACAUGGAGAUGAAGGUGAACGUGCUGCGCUGGACAGUGGAGGCACGGGGGCCACAGUACAGUGACCCGGUCAGCACAGACAGCACUUCCCUGGGGCUCCUGUGCACUGAUGAGGAAGCACAAGCACAAUUCUGUGACCGGAGCCAGAUAUUUGUGGUGAUGCUGUUAGGUGGUGUGGCAGUCAUUGCUUUGGCAUUAUCACUGUGUAUAGUGUUCUUGGUCUGAAGCUUGAAGAAGAAGAACCUUGAAAUCUCUGAAAUGUUCCAAAGCCUACAAUGACUGUGUUUGUUUCUCACAUUAAAGUCUGAAUUUCAGACUAGAUAAAAGCAAAUCUCACUGAGAAAGACUGAAAAAAAUGGAAAAAAGAAAGAAAGAAAAAAUUCAGAAACAUGUCAUUAGUUUAUUUCCUGAUUCA